CAGGGACUCUCGUGUAUAUGAGGAAUUGGAGGAAUCUGCUUCUUCCUAAGUUGGUUAAAUCAUGCUCCGUCGUCUGAUUCUCCGGCAAGCUUCCGCCGCCGCAACGGAAUCGAAGUUAGGUCGUCGUAUUCACGGAUUCGAUCAGCGAAGAGGGGUACACAGCAGGAACAAGAAGGCGAUGGAGUACGUAGCCAAAGGAUGGAGCGCGAUUAAGGAAGUGGAUAGAGUCAUUGACUACUGUGAACUCAAUGACCGACGCCUUAUCCCUCUCCUCAGGGGAGCUAAAGAGAACUUUGAGCUUGCUCUUGAGGCUGAUAAUCUCAACACUCAUGCUAGAUUUUGGCUCUCUAAGUUGCACUUGAAGUAUCAUGUUCCUGGUGCCUGUAAAGCUGUUGGAGCUGCUUUGCUUGUCGAGGCAGCUGAUAUGGGUAAUGCGGAUGCUCAGUAUGAGCUAGGUUGUCGUUUAAGAGUCGAGAAUGAUCAUGUCCAGUCAGAUCAGCAAGCCUUUCAUUAUAUAGAGAAUGCUGUUGAUCAGCUGCAUCCAGGUGCCCUUUACCUUUUAGGGAUAGUGUAUCUGACAGGAGACUGUGUGAAGCAAGAUAUGGAUUCAGCUGUAUGGUGUUUCCACAGGGCAUCAGAGAAGGGACAUGCCGGGGCUGCUAUAGCGUAUGGAUCUCUUUUACUUAGAGGUGUGCAAGUCCCGGAAUCUCUAACAAGAAUGAACACGGUGGGAGUUCCGCCACCUAAGAGAUCAAGAGAAAACAUGGAAAUGAAUCCGUUAGAGAUGGCGAAAGAGCAGUUCCAAAUCGCUGCAAGAGCAGGGUGCGAUCUCGGGCUGAAAUGGCUUCAAAGGGUAGAGCAGGAAGAGAAACUUCUUAUCAACCAAGAAGAUAGUGAAUGUGCACCUGCAUAAGUGCACACUUAUAUGUGUCCUAUAGAGUGAAAUUAUUAUUGUAGAAAUAUGCUACAAUUGAGAUCCGAGAAAAUAACCGAACAAAGAACCAAGAAGUCAUCGAAUCUUUCCCUAAAAGCCAAUAGUCAUAGUCGGAACCUUUAUGACGAUUCUUCAAAUUUUUGAAGAGAAACUGGUGAGUUUUUCACAUAGUUUUCCCUAAUGUUUCAGUUGCUCUCACUUGCAAGAAUUUAUACUUUUGAGAUUAGUUAUAAGCAAUAAACUAGAUGAACAUUUUCUACUGAGCAUUUUAA